UUGCAAAUAUAAAAGCCGCAGACUCUUCCUCCAUCAGAUGCAAACGCAGCCAAAACUGCCAACGACAACAUUCCCCAACACAACCCAAACAAAAGCUUGCGAUACUAAAACCACAAAAGCGAAAAAGAAAAAAAGGAAAAAAGAAAUAACAAAAGUGUAAAACAUUUCGGGUCAUUUAAAGUAGCGAGUGAGUUUGUGUCGGAAUUAAAAAAAAAUAUGGUGAAGUCGAGCGUGGAAAAAAAACCUGCGGCGGAGCGAAACGGCUCGUCGUAUAGAGGUGUAAGGAAGAGGAAGUGGGGAAAAUAUGUGUCUGAAAUUAGGCUUCCCAAUAGUCGACAGAGGAUUUGGUUGGGUUCCUACGACACCGCCGAGAAAGCGGCGCGUGCCUUCGACGCCGCCAUGUUCUGCUUACGUGGCAGCGGCGCGAGGUUUAAUUUCCCGACUGACCCGCCGAACAUCGCCGGCGGAAGGUCCAUGACUCCCUCUCAAAUUCAGAUCGCCGCGGCCCGUUUCGCGAAUUCGGAGCCUCGAAAAGAAUAUUCGGGUCCAUCCGUUUCUACACCGAUGGAGUGUUCUUCUGAGGAGGAGGAGGAGGAGGAGGGGAUGGCGUCGUUGCCUAUAGAGUCGCCGUCGCCUUCAGAGGUGAAGGUGCAAACCGACAGCGACGCCACGCAAAACGGGUCGUUUUCGGAUUUGUUUUCCGCAAUCGGGACGGGUCAUUUCGAACCCGAAUAUUGUGUUUUUCCGGGUUUCGAUGAGUUUAGUAGUGACUUCUAUGUGCCGGAGCUGCCAAGUUUUGAUUAUGAAGAGAACUUGGAUGGGUUGGUUAUUCUGGACUCGAACUUGUGGAACUUCUAAAUGGGUCGGGUUUUGGGUAAUUUUAUUAUAUCCGAAAUCGUGACAAGAACUCGGGUUUGGGUUGGUCAAUUUUUAUGGGACCAAGCCCUCUGCUAUAGUUUAGUGCUGUGGGUCAUUAUUAUUUUUUACCACGUAGUUAAGGUUUUCGAUUUUGCGGAUAAGAUUCAUAAAAUCAUUUAAUAGUCAUGACUCAAGAUCAUUACUUGUAAAGUUGUGUGCAGAUAUUGUAAUUCUUUUUAGCCAUUCAUUCAAUUAUAUAAAAGGAUAAGAUUUUUCGUCUAGAUAAUGUUGGUGACAAGGCCUGGCCCAUUAAUUAAAAUUGUUUAUACUGUUAUUAAGAAAGGACAUGUGAUUUUGACCAAAAACAAAUUGAAAAAAGGACGUGAUGAUCAUAUAUAUCCCAAGAGAACACAAUCUGUGGAGUAUUUGAUGAUCAUAUACAGACUUGAUUGUUGAUGGAUUCCUUAGCUCAUCAACUAUAUUUUUAUAUACAUAGUUGAUUAAAUUCAACUAAUAGCUUAACAAUUGUAACUUUAAAAAAACUUACCACUUCAAUUAAUUAGUGAUUAAUCGAAUCAAUAUUUGGACUUAGAGAUCAGUAUGCAGUAUGAUAUUAAUAACAUUGGCCAGCUGCGGCACCGGAAUUUAUGAUUUGGAAUUUUGGCCCGUCAGCAAAUAAACAGUAAGAGAAUACUAAAAUUAAAAAGAGGGAAAUGCGUCUAAGCUUUCUUUAAAAUAGAGAAUCUGAUGAGCCUAAACUAGAUGUCCCUUAUCUAUUUAACUAGUAAUUAAUAAAAAUCCUAACAAACUGCUUCCACAGCGAGCCUCUUGACCAUGUCUCCACAACUUCCUGGUCCAAAUGUUUUUUCUGAAACAUCAAUCGAGCAUGAUUCCUUGCCCACACAUGCCUAUAUAUAGAAACCCAAAAUUUGAAGCAAGUUAAUCCAUCAUCAUAUAUAAAACAAUUUUGAAGAUACAAAUAAAAAUUAAUUAAAAGCUUACAUUUUUCAUAAUGGACAAAGCAUCACUAUUGCUUUCGCAACUGCCCCUACUAAAUGCUCCACAUUCACCUUGUGGAUUGCCAAAACUUGCAAACUUUAUAGCCGAGAUGGGACGACCAUAGCAAGACAAUUCCAAAGUCUUGUUCUCAUGAGUGUUUCCACAAGCAGUGCCAACAACAACUGUUUGGAAAUUCACUAGUGAUGGGUUGCCACCAAUUUCCUCAAACAAAACCAAUGUGUUUUCACCAUCUUGAAUAAAGGAGCGAGGCACAUGGUACCUGAAAUUAUUUAAAACAAAGCACCAAUUUUUGGAGAUGCGAUAUUAUUAAAUAAAAUAGUAAUUAAUUAAU